AUAUACUUUAUGAGAUACCUUGACCACCGAUAGUUUUUAAGUAGUAGUGUACCAUUCUAUGUUAAACAUAUCCAUAAAUGGAAACCGGUAAUCAGUUUGUGAAUGCGACAUACAUCAAUGUAUAAAAGUUGUUCUUUGACGAGAAAGCGAUCGAUGAAAAACUGUCAACAACGUGCGGGUGGUUGAAAGCACUUAUUUUUACGAAUGAUUCCUUCAGUACCUAACCUUAUAAUGUCAUAUUAAUCUGAAAUCUUUCACUUGCUAAUUUCACAUUCAUGAUUGUGACACUUCAUUUAAAUUGCCGGCUGAUAGCGAAUAAACAAAGACUUGUGAUUACUAAUAAACCGUUCGAGCAGUCUUUUAUGAGAUGAACAAAAAUGAGUCGUCAAGUAGAUAUGGACCCCUCGUCGGUGCAAUCGAUGAAGGGACAAGUAGUGCUAGAUUUUUGGUUUUUGCUGCGGAUACUGCCGAAGUAUUAACAUAUCAUCAGGUUUCCAUAUCACAAUCAUGUCCAAAAGAAGGAUGGGUUGAACAAGAUCCUAUAGAAAUAUUACAAGCAGUCAGAGAAUGUCUUAAUCAGACUAUAUUUAAUUUGAGGCAACUUACCAUUGAUCCUAGUGAUAUAGUUGCAGUUGGUAUAACAAACCAAAGAGAAACUACAGUUGUAUGGGACUCUAUUACUGGAGAACCAUUAUACAAUGCUAUUGUAUGGAUGGAUAUGAGAACAACUUCGAUCGUGGAUGACAUAUUGAGAAAGAUACGUAAUCAAAAUAAAAAUUAUUUGAAACCACUUUGUGGCUUACCGAUUAGUCCAUAUUUCAGUGCUUUAAAAUUAAAAUGGUUACUAGAAAAUGUGCCUCGUGUUCGUGAGGCUCUAGAUCAAAAACGUUGUCUCUUUGGUACAAUUGAUUCUUGGUUAAUUUGGAACUUAACUGGAGGGACAAGUUUUGGUGUCCACGCCACUGAUGUUACAAACGCUUCGAGGACAAUGCUAAUGAAUAUUACAACUUUAAAAUGGGAUCCAACAUUGUUAUCAUUUUUUAAUAUACCUCCAGAAAUUUUACCUGAAAUCCGUAGUUCGUCAGAAAUAUAUGGAUAUAUACAAGAUGAUAUUUUAUCUGGAGUACCAAUAUCAGGAUGUUUAGGUGAUCAGCAGUCAGCGUUGGUAGGUCAAAUGUGUUUACAAAAAGGACACGCAAAAAGCACAUAUGGCACAGGUUGUUUUCUCUUAUACAACACUGGAACUGCUAUUGUAGAUUCGUCUCAUGGAUUAUUGACAACAGUCGCCUAUCAGUUAGGACCACAAGCAACACCGGUAUAUGCUCUUGAAGGGUCAGUAGCCAUAGCUGGUGCUGUUAUUCAAUGGCUAAAAGAUAACCUUGGUAUACUGUCUGAUAUAAAAGAGUCUGAAUCCCUUGUUGAACAAAUUCCUACUGAUAAUCGCGUUACAUUUGUGCCUGCAUUUGCUGGAUUAUAUGCUCCAUAUUGGAGGAAAGAUGCAAGAAGUGUUAUAUGUGGAAUUACUGAAGACACUAAUAGUACACAUAUUAUAAAGGCAGCUUUGCAAGCCGUUUGUUUUCAGACAAGAGACAUUUUAGAAGCUAUGAAAGAGGACACUGGUUUAAUUUUAUCUAAAUUGUUGGUAGAUGGUGCUAUGACUACCAAUAAUUUGUUAAUGCAAAUGCAAGCAGACAUUUGUGGAAUUCCAGUUGUGAGGCCUUUAAUGUGUGAAACUACUGCACUUGGAGUUGCAAUUGCUGCAGGAAAUGCAGAUGGUAUACGUAAAUGGGAUGUGAAAAUAGACGCCGCUGUACCAAGCGACACCUUUCUACCUUCGAUAACUGAGAAUGAACGAGAUAUAUUAUAUUCUCAAUGGAAAAUGGCAAUCGAUCGUAGUUUAGGUUGGGAACCAGUAACUGAUACCAACGGUAUGUUUUCAUCUUGGUCUCAAAAUUUGAUUUUGUUAAUUUACUUGAAACAUUACGUUAUUUUACAGACGAUACAAAGAAUAUCCACAAAGCAACUGCUCCUGGUAUUUUUGUGAUAAGUACGAUACUUUUGCUUAUGAUUGCCAAGUAUCAUUCUAUGUUAUGACUGAAUGAGUACAGUACUAUGUACUGUAUUUGUCUCAGAUUAUGCAUUUAGGCAGGUCCUGUUUGCUAAUAAAUAUUUGGACUAUUAUUUGAUAUUAACUAUACUGGUCAUAUUAAACCUUGUAAGUAUGAAGAAUGAACUAAAGAACAAAUACAAAUAAAAGUGCCAUAAUAUUGUGAUAAUUUUAAUAUUAAACGAAAUACGGAAAAUCAAGAAAAUGUCCUUUGGAGUUUGGAGAUAAGAGACUUGGAAUUUAUUUCAAACAGCGGUAUCGAUUGCUGCUUUCAUCUGAAAUGCUGAAAUUAGAUGACCGAACGUCGGUAACUGACGCUUCAAUACCAGUCGCAUGCCUUUUUGUUCCUUUGUUCUUUUCACUUGCUAUUUUCUUUAUAUUCGGUACUAUAGGAAUAUCCUUCGAAAUUAUAUAAAAUAUAUUACUAACCAUUAGCGCAACAUAUAAAACAAAGAAUUUGAAAUAUUACUGUUAAAAUGUCGCUAGUAGAGGUCUGGGCGGUAACAAGAGACGUAGCAAGCCAAACAUCAUUUCUUAUGUGAUCAAUAUGCAAUCGUAUUCGUUGCGAUACAAGUAUUCGUGAGAUAAGUGAACGACAAGCUUGAGACACGUUUGGUUCUUUAGGAAAUAUAACUUUAUUUUGUACUUGCUAUAUCGCAAAAGAAAGAAAAUGAAAUAACAUGGUAGAAUUCUUACUUAAGCGAAUAAAAUUUUAAGUUGAACUAGA